AUGGGCCCUGCUGGCCUCCUGGCCCCGCUGCUGCUUACGCUGGGGUCUUACCACUGCUCUUUUGCCAAAAAGGAAGAUUUGCAGUCAGUGUGUGGACGCCCUGUAUACCCUGGCCGCAUCCUGGGCGGCCACAGUGCUGCUGCAGGCCGCUGGCCGUGGCAGGUCAGCCUGCGGUUUGACCAGGCCCACACCUGUGGAGGCUCCCUCCUCAGCGAGCGCUGGGUGCUGACGGCAGCACACUGCAUAAAAAGGACUUGGCUCACAUUUUUAUACAGUGUGUGGCUUGGAUCUGUUGACAUAGACCACUCGAGUACAGGCAAGGAAUCCUAUGUGUCCAGAAUCGUCAUCCUUCCCAGACACGACGGCUUGGACGGAGACCUCGCCCUGCUGAGGCUGUCUUCCCCGGUCACCUUCACAGCCGCCAUCUUGCCCAUCUGCCUGCCCAAUGUCUCAGCUCAGCUCACGGUCCCAGCGUCUUGCUGGGUGACUGGGUGGGGAGAAAAGGAGGAAGGUCAUUACCCCUCCACCCUCCAGGAAGCUGAAGUUCCCCUCAUCACCAGCGAGGCAUGCGAACAACUGUACAAUCCGAUCGGCUCCUUCCUGCCACAGCUGGAGCCGAUUAUCAAGGAAGACAUGCUGUGUGCCGGCGACACUCGGGGGAUGAAGAACAGCUGCAAGGGCGAUUCUGGAGGGCCUCUGUCAUGUCACAUUGAUGGUAUCUGGACCCAGAUAGGUGUGGUAAGCUGGGGAUUGUCGUGUGGUGAAAAUCUUCCUGGAGUCUACACCAAUGUGAGCUACUACCAAGAAUGGAUCCGUGCCAUCAUCUCCAGUGCUGGGGGCCGGCGCCGCGGCUGCAGUUCCGUGACCUCCCGUGCCUGGCUGUGCUACCUUCUCUGGUUCUCCUGGGCCUCCUGACUCUUGGUCUAACAUGAUACCAAGACCAUACAAGAGCUGCUGCUGCUGCUGGGAACCAGUGGGGAC